AUGUCAAGUGAUUCUAUAUCAAAUUCAGAAGUUUCAACUUAUACAAUUACUAUUUCAUUUGAACCUAAUAAAGAUAAGGCACAAUACAAUCAUUGCAAAAAAGAAUUUUCUCAGAAAAAGACAUCUGAUACUUCACAUUUACACUGA